AUGUUGUCGUUGCCAGCACCUCGGAUGCUGUUAAUGACGGGUCCCAGAUCAAGUCGGAAUGUUUCCGUCAUUUACGUCGUUUUGGCAAUCUGCCUCUUGCUUUUCUUCGUCCAAACCGAGUUCGGAUACACAGUCAUUGAAAAGGUGGCCGACGCGAAAUCACCCAAGCUCAAUAGCUUGAACCCGACCUCGACCCCGACCCCGAAGCCCAAAUACAAACCGCAGCCGACAUGGACGCCGCCGCCCGUCAAGGACCCCUUCCCGCUUCUCUCCUCGGGGAUGCCGCCGCCGGUGCCGUCGUGGAAUAGGCCCGAGAAGCCCAACGUCUACCAUAAAUACUCGUUGACCACCGCGCCGCCCUUGAUGAUUGGCUUCACGCGGAGCUGGCCGAUGCUGCUGCAGACAGUGGUCGGAUAUAUCACUGCCGGAUGGCCAGCCGAGCAGAUCUACGUCGUGGAGAACACUGGCGUUCACGAUUCGAAUGCCCGGGGCCGACUGACGCUGCAGAACCCGUUCUAUCUCAAUUAUACCCAGCUACACAUGCUCGGCGUACACGUCAUGCGCACGCCGGUGCUGCUCAACUUUGCGCAGCUCCAAAACUUCUUCCUCACAGUGGCAAAAGAGAAGCCGUGGUCGUACUAUUUCUGGAGCCACAUGGAUGCCUUCGUGCUUUCCAACGAGGAGGGGAUCCCGGGACUCUCUGGUGCAGUGGGCACGCCCGAGUACCAGACCAUUUACGAGUUGGCCGUGAAGGAGUUGAAUGAGACGAUGCGGACCGAUCACAAGUGGGGCGCCCGAUUCUUCGCAUACGACCACCUCGCUCUGGUAAACCCGCGCGCGUACGAAGACGUCGGCGGCUUCGAUACGUUUAUCCCGUACUACAUGACGGACUGCGACAUGCACUGGCGGCUGGAGGAGGCGGGAUGGAGCAUCCAUGAGGCGCAGGCGGGUAUCGUCCAGGAUGUGGCAUCGGUGCUGGAUGACCUACGCAUCUUGUACCGCGAGGGCGACGUUCCGAAGGGGUUCGGCUUCACGGAUCCGAAUCCACCCCCGAGCCAGGCUCUAGGCGAGGUCUCGCAGGAAGACGAUAAGCGGAGCCUGCCGGUGCCGGAAGCAGUUCCCAAACUGGACAAGACGGGAGCGCCGGUGGAUGAUGUGGCUGAAGGCGCGGAGGAAGACUCAACGACAGCUGUUGAUCCCCUGAAAUCCUUUAGGAGGCUUCACAGAAUUAGCCAGGACAUGUUCAACCACAAGCAUGCGGAUCGCGAGAGGAAUACCUGGCAGCUGGGUCAAAGGGGAGGGGACCCGCGGGAGCCUUAUUCCUACGACGCCCUCGGAUUCCAAAUUGGGAUAGACGUCAUGACGGAAGCUGGACGGGAAACGUUCCGCCGAAAAUGGGGACAUCGUGGCUGUGAUUUUGAUGCUGCUGGACUGAGACCCAGCGAUGCGUGGAAGGUAGAGAAGGACUGGGAAUAA